CCGCGAAAACUUGCCGACAGAUCGGCGCCACUGUACCGACGUUCGGUAUACUAGUCCACAUUUUUGGCGGCAGCCGUCCAGUGUAAGGUCCGAAUCCCGAACCGAACGGUCAUCCGAACUUCUUAGCGAACGAGCGUGGUAAACGACCCGAAUAAAGCGGCAAAAUGGAUGCGCGAUUCAGGAGCAAUCUCGACAUGAUCGGACGCAAUGAGCCAAUCACGAGAAAAGCAAAAUUCUGGCAAAGUUACGUUCGAGCUCUGAAAGGUACCGACGAUAUCAGAGCUCCGGAACAUACGCACAGACCACGCAGUAUUUUCCGCACCGAUUACCCUGAGUUGCAUACCACCUCGCCUACUUGGCCAUUUGGAAAAUCGAUUUUUGAAAAUCCUAUUCAUGCGGCUGACCGUAUCAAUACCCCUGGAUAUAGGUACAUGCCCGUUCAUCGUGAGAUUUACGGUUAUUCACCAAGGCAAAUCUACCCUCACCAGUACAAACCCGUAGAACGCUUCACCCCUGCGAAACCAUUUGACGCUGAGAAAGCUUGGACCGAUCAUCUGAAUCGUUUGGCUGACAUCGACAAACUUUACCCGAGUAGGUCUCCAUUGCUUGCUCGACACAUAAGUCCACCUCUCAGCACGAAGAAACUCUUUGAUAUCCAUGGUAACUUAUUAACCGAUGAUAUCUUCCCAAGUUACUCAUCGUUCCUUCGUAGGAAACCUUUUAUGGAUUUGCUAGAACCAUCUCCAACAGCUCCGAUCAGUGCCUUCACGAGAGACCCUUGGUGGUAUCCAAGUUAUGCUCCUUAUAUUCCAAGCUAUGCUCAAUACAGCACUCCGUUUUACCUGAGGGACAGCUACCUUAGCCCAAUUAAACGUAGCUACUUAUGGAGCCGACAUCCUAUUAGACCGCUUGGAGCGUUAUACUACUAUUAUUCGCAGCCAGUUCCAGUAUAUCACUUUACCAGCCCGUGGUACAAUAAACAUUAAGAACAAAUAAGAACAAUGAAAAGAACUUAAACAAAAUGAACAAAACGAACAAAAAAAAUCUCACGUCUACUGAUAACUCAACUCCAACUUAAAAACAUACAUAUAUGUCGCCCCGUAUGGAACGCGUUAAACGAAUCUCUCGACGAUCGAAGAAGGAAGUGACGUAUGCAAAGUGGAAGUGAAAAAGAGAAUGAAAAACUAAAGAGAAAAUUAAAAAAAAAUUUUAAAACAA